GUUGAGGUAGCUCUACUCUACGCUCUAUAAGAUGCAGAAAAAUCCUGCCAACUCCUUUGCCGAAUUAACAUUCAAAAAAUUCAAUUCCCUGCCAAAGACAGGCAAACCAACAAAAUCAGAAUGGACAGUUCUAUCGUCUAUCAUUCAAGUUGACAGUCUUACUGGUGAUUCAAAAGUCGUUGCUUUGGGAUGUGGAACAAAAUGUAUUGGUAAAUCCAAACUAUGUCCAUUAGGUUUAAUCUUAAAUGACUCCCAUGCUGAAGUAUUGGCUAGGCGAGGUUUCCUUCGCUAUAUUUACCAUCAACUUAAAACGAAAAGCAAUAUCUUCAUAUACGACAACGAUUCAGGUGUAUUCCGAAGAAAGGAAUCAAUAGCAUUUCAUUUUUUCAGUACACAAGUGCCUUGUGGAGAUGCCUGCAUUGUCACCGACCCAACGAAGGGGGAAGAAGAAGAGAUUGCCAGCAAACGUGUGAAAUUAGAUAUUGUCACGUCGUCCGACGCUGGAGAUGUUUUGACGCCUGACAACAAAGUCUUCACUGGUGCAAAAUUAAUCGGAGAAAAUACUCUGGACCCUAUGCAUCAAGUUCAAGGUUCCCUGAGAACCAAACCUGGACGUGGAGAUAGGACUCUUUCGAUGUCAUGUAGUGACAAGCUUUCCAAAUGGAAUAUUCUAGGAAUUCAAGGUGCUUUCUUGGAUAUGUUUCUAGAAAAACCAAUUUAUUUAGAAUCUUUGAAUUUCUCCUGUGACUUUGAUAUGGAUUCAAUGAAAAGAGCUAUCUAUAUGAGAUGGAAAGAACGAGAACACAAAAGUAGCAGAUUCAUUGCACAAGAGCCUCAAAUACAAUUAGCUACGCAAUGUAGUUUCGAGUUUUCUCAAGAUGCAGACAAAAACGCUUCACCAAAUGGUUUGGUCUGGUGCGAUGUUCCAGAAGAAAAAGUGCCUUAUGAGAUCUCAGUCAAUGGAAAGAAACAAGGAAUCACCAAGAAGCUCCUGCAAUCCAAAAAAUCAUCCCUCAAAAUAAGCAAACUUAAUCUGCUUGAAGAGUUCCUCCAAUUGAUAAAAUUAAAUCCACAUUUUAAAACAAAAUUAGGCCUUAAAAUUGACGAUGAGUUAAAAACGAUAACUUAUUGUGAACUCAAGCAAAAGUGCCAAGAAUAUCAAAAUUCCUGGAAAACUCUCAAGGAAUCCUACUUCCAGCAAUGGACAACUAAACCGGAAAACCUUCUUAGUUUUAAUCUUUUAUCAUGUAAUAAAGAAAGUUGAUAGUA